AUGAGUCAAGCCGAUGUUCAAACAGGUGUUACAAACCAAGAGAUAUUCCUGACAGCCGUCAGGAAAGGGGACACCCAUGAAUUACAAAAGAUUCUGCAGAGAUGGGAAGGAAACGUGAACUUUUACGACAAAGAAGGACAGACAGCUCUCCACCAAAGCUGCAUGGACGGUAAUCUGGAGCUGGUAAAACUAUUAGUGAAAUUUGGAGCUGAUGUCAGAUUAGCUAAUCGAGAUGGAUGGAGUGCUCUUCAUAUAGCUGCCUAUGGCGGACAUCAAGACAUAGCGCUAUAUCUUAUUGCCAACUCCAGAAGGUAA